ACGACUGCAUGCUUUUUUGUUUUUUCUUUACAUUCACAACAUUGUUUAUGCAGAUUCCUGAACGAGAUUCGAAGAUCUGAAGAUCCAACUGAGAUGAAUCAUGAAUGGUGAUUCAUCAAAAAGAACAAACUGUUCACAAACAACCCAUCACUAGGAAAGGGGGCCCAAAGCCUAGAGCCGGCAACAGGGUUUUAAAUAUUACCAAUUGGAUCUGAGAGACUACCCAACUACUGGAAAGUAAGGUAUUAUCACCCACAACACACAAAGACCAAGACCAAGUAAACUAUAUAAAUUAAACCAAGCAUCUCUGUCAAGGGUGCAAUUAAUUCAACCGCAUGAAGGGUUAGGAUUAGGUUAUGAAAAUAACAAUUAUUAAUGACUUCUUAUAAUAAAACUAAGAAAUCAAUGAGUGCAUGGAGAACAGAAGAUAUUAAAACAAAUUUCUUGCAGCAAAGCUUUCUGGGAAAUGUUGCCUUUUGGGUCAACAUAAAAAAGAUACAUUAAAUUAAACUGAAAUAUUUAGGCUUUACACUCUGCAGGCAACUUGAUCCAGAUAAAGAAUAUUUGGUUCUACAACUAAACUAAUAAUUUUAAACUGAACAGAAUAAAAGAAAAUUAAUUGGAUGAACAAAUGCUGAUAGAACUUUUUCAGUGUGCGGGCAGUCAAUUUUCAUUUCCCCGCUCUGCUGAAAAACAUGCAAUACCCACUCCAUAUUUGCAUGAUUCAUUCAAAAGCAUUUUUUGCAAACACAGCUACUUCUUUAAUUAUCUAGGCUACCAUUUGAAGUAAGUUAUCUGAGAAGAAGCAUUCAAGAAAUAUUGAAAGAACAAGGAAAGAAUCUACGCUUUGUGCUCUAAGCAAAUGAAAUAAAUUCCACUCCAGCUCCACCGCGCCCAUACUCCGCCUCAGGUCUGUUUGAUUCAUGUCAUAUGGCACUGGCUCUUUCCUAUCAGCACACCGGUAUGAAAACAGUGAUGAACAAAAAAACAUAGCAACAUCAGGCGUUUGGAUGGGUUCUUGGAAUGGAAAAUCCUAUAAUAAUAAUCUAGCCGCAAGAAAGCAAGUGGUCAAUUCAAACAGUGAUUUUGGAAGGUCUACAUAAGGCUAAUCCUCACUCAGUAGUCUGUUCAUUAGAUAAGCCUGUAUAGUAUUAGGUUGAAACAUUUGAAAACUUUUGCUUAAGUUGACACUUUACAUAUUACGUAUUUACAUAUUAACAACUGUAUUAAAAACAAUAACUUCUCUCAAGAGCACUGUUUGAAUAAUAAAUGCGUUGACGUUUCAUAUAGAUUGUUGCAUUUCCCAGUAGUUUGUAAUUUAUUUUCAUUGUAGCGUGAAUGUUAAUGAUUGUUAUUAACAGUUAAAUGUUCAUAUCUGUCUAUGAUAUCACUCGUUUUCCAGGUUCUGGAUCACAUUCUCUGUGGGCUCUUGCAACAUACAUAAUCGGAGAGACGCCUUUUCCUGAAUUUAUAGUUGUGGUGAUGUUGGAUGACGUUCAAGUGGGUUACUAUGACUCCAAAAUUAAACAGCCUGUCUACAAGGGAUAUCAUACCUCAGACAAAACUAAGGAUGAUGUGGCUCAAAACAGAAUUCUAUACACUGCAUAUGAAAAUAUGUAUAACAAUAUGAAGGCGAGAUCAUCUGAACUGAAUCAAGUCUUUAAUUUUACAGAACGUUUUCAAGUUCAACAAAGUAUUUCUGGCUGCGAGAUGUUAGACAACGGUGACCAAGCCCUGAUCAUGACAAAGAAUAAUUUAAAUUCCAUUUAUACAGACUAUGCCAUAUAUUACAAUAACACACAUUUUACAUAUGAUGCUGGAAAUCUACUAGUAGGACAUGAUGAGAAAAUCCAAACAUAUAUACAUGAAAUACUUUUUCAGAAUGUUUGGUUUCCAAUUUGCAUCCAAACACUGAAAAGAUGUCUGAAGAGAGAGAAGAACGUUGUGAUGCGUAAAGUUGCUCCCAGACUCAGGUUGAUAAAGAAACGUGUUUCUGAGGGGCACAGAGUGACCUGUCUGGCGUUUGGCUUCUACCCCCGCCACAUCAACCUGACCCUGCUGAGAGACGGUCAGCCAGUGGCAGAACAGGAGCUGACAGGGGGGGAGGUGCUACCUAGUGGAGAUGGGACCUACCAGAUGAGGAAGAGUCUGGAGGUCAGUACCAAGGAGUUAAUGGAGAGACACCAGUACAGCUGUACAGCCUCUCACCUCAGUCUGGACAACAAGCUGGAUGUCAGUUGGAAUUCUGAGGUGGAGAGAGUACACCUAUCGAUCCUCUCAGCUCCACUGGUGAUGGUGUCCGUUGUUAUGCUGUUGGGCAUUUAUCGCUGUGUAAAAUGGAGAACCGCCGUUGAUACAAAAGAGGAAGAGAAAGUCAGUUCAUAUUCCGAGAUCUCUGUGAAUUAAUCCUCAUUUAAUAUAAAAUGAUGACUAGCAAAAUAUUAUUACUAUUUUUGUACUACUACUGCAGACACAAAAUAGGCAAAAUAUUAGUGGUUUAUUUUUCCUACCCCUUGAUGAACUGAAGAUCAGGUAUAUAUAUAUAUAUCCAUACUCUAACUGAGGGAGAGAGGGCAUUGAAUCCAAGGCAUAACACUGUUUAUCAACAAUACAUGCAAAACAUACAUGUGACUGUCAG